AUGUGUGAACACUGCGUUCGGCGCAGUCUCAUCAUCUUCUGGGCUCUUCUUGUCGCCACAUCGCUUUUCUACCUGGGCAUCGCCAGCGCCAGCCUCGCGUAUUUCGGGGAGUUUCGGCACGAAAGCUUUUUCUUCUACAAGCGCGUCAACAUCGAGACGCUAGUGGUGGCCGUGCUCGGAUGUGUCACGGGCGUGUUCGGCGCGUUCGGCACGAGGCGCGUGAUGCGACGCGUUGUGUUCGGCGCCGACCUCUCGCUGCUGGCCACGUUUGUGCUGCUGCUGGUCGCUACCGUCAGCCUGCGCCAGAUGAAGAACCCCUUCGCCGAGCACGAUUCUUCUGUGGCCACCUCUGAGGUCAUGAGCAACGAGAUCGUGGAGUACGUGACACACGCGACCCAGAACGGAACAGCGCACAACGGAAACUCCUCCACGCCCGGAAAGUCAGCCGAGGAUCUGCUGCACUUCAUGAACCUCGGUCAGCGCAUCUUUGAGUGCUGCGGCAAGGCGUCCUACCGCGACUACCAGGAUGCCCCCAUCCCCAGCAGCUGCUGCGUCGAUCCCCAACACUGUCCUCUGUCGAGCCGGCUGCCCCUCGCGCGAACCUUCGACACGAGCACGUUCUACGGCACCGGGUGUCUGUACAACAUGUACAACUGGGUGGUACUGGUGACGCUGGCCGGCCUGAACCUGGCUGUGUUCUGCAUCACCGCCUCUGGCUGCCUGCUGCUGAGCGGCGUCUUCCUCUACUUGAACCGAAACAAACGGACCGCCGCGCUGUCGUCGAGAUCGACGCGGUCGAGCCGCACCACAAGGAGCCUGUCGCACGGCUCCACCGGCAACCUGAGCAUGGUGGUGGUCGUGCUCGACGACCGAGGGGACACACAAGCCUCAAUUGUAGUAUAG